UCUGAAAUCCACCCCAUCAGUCCAGGAGGACAACCACAUUCACACCACUGCCGCCAAGAGAUGACCCGUCCAGUCUCCGCGACGAAAGCCAACGCUACUACCGGGGGGCUUGGAGCUGCAUAGCACCAACGCUCCGCCGACUGACCCCAAGAACAAGACGCGACCACCACAAAGAAGUGAACAGAGAUUUGUUUGAUACGAACUCCCAGGACUACUUAUCUUCUAAAGGAAUUAUCUAGCUAAUUUCAUUUUUUCCCUCACUCAAGCAAGCAACGGCCUUUGUGUUCAAUGACACCAUGCUCAUUGUCUCGUCCCGCAGUGCGCUGCUGUCGGUCUACUAUCCCCAGAUCUUCCUCAUCCUCACCAGCGGUAGCUACCUGGCGCUGUCCUCGGUGGUAGCGUUGGGCGCUAACAUCAUCUGCAACAAGAUCCCUGGGCUGGCCCCGAGGCAGCGCGCCCUCUGCCAGAGCCGCCCAGACGCCAUCAUCGUCAUCGGCGAGGGUGCCCAGCUGGGCAUCAACGAGUGCCAGUACCAGUUCCGCUAUGGCCGCUGGAACUGCUCUGCCCUAGGCGAGAGGACCGUCUUUGGACAAGAGCUGAGAGUAGGUAGCCGAGAGGCGGCGUUCACCUAUGCCAUCACGGCAGCUGGCGUGGCCCAUUCGGUGACAGCAGCGUGUAGUCAGGGCAACCUGAGCCAGUGUGGCUGCGACCGGGAGAAGCAGGGCUACCAUGACCAGGAGGAGGGCUGGAAGUGGGGAGGCUGCUCGGCCAACAUCAAGUAUGGCGUGGAGUUCUCCAGACGCUUCGUGGAUGCCCGAGAGAUCAAGAAGAACGCCCGACGUCUGAUGAACCUGCAUAAUAAUGAGGCAGGACGAAAGAUCCUGGAGGAGCGUAUGAAGCUGGAGUGUAAGUGUCACGGCGUGUCGGGAUCCUGCACCACCAAGACCUGCUGGACCACCUUACCCAAGUUCCGGGAGAUCGGCUAUGUCCUGAAAGAGCGCUACGGCGAGGCGGUCCAAGUCGAACCGGUCCGGGCCUCGCGUCUCCGCCAACCCUCCUUCCUGCGUCUGAAGGAGGCGCGGGGCUACCAGAAACCCACAGACACCGAUCUGGUCUACCUGGAGAGGUCUCCUAACUACUGCGAGGAGGACACGGCGACAGGGAGCACAGGGACGCGGGGGAGGCUGUGUAACCACACGUCACCCCAUACCGACGGCUGCAAUCUGAUGUGUUGUGGUAGAGGCCACAACACCCACCAGUACACCCGCGUGUGGCAGUGCAACUGCAAGUUCCAAUGGUGCUGUUUUGUGAAGUGUAACACGUGCAGUGAGAAGUCUGAGGUGUUCACCUGCAAAUAAAGGAUGGAUGGAUGG